CCGGGCUGCCAGGCAUUCCGGAUGGAGUUGAGGCUGGAGCUUUCCUUGGAAAGCUGGAGGCGAGUCCAGAAAGUUUUGUCCGUGCUGGGUCUGGGAAAAAGUUCAUCGGAAAAGCCAAGCCCGUGCCAGGGAGCCUCGCCAGUGGGAACCCCCAGUGUUGCCUCCAGAUUCUGCAGGGAGGUUUGCUGGGGCCCCAGCCAGCCAGCAGAAUGGCAGCCACAAUGGAUCUGAAAUCGAAAGAGGAGAAGGAUGCUGAGUUAAACAAGAGGAUCGAGGCCCUCCGGCGAAAGAAUGAGGCCCUCAUCCGGCGCUACCAGGAGAUCGAGGAGGACCGUAAAAAAGCUGAACUUGAGGGAGUAGCAGUGACAGCUCCCCGCAAGGGCCGCUCGGUGGAGAAGGAGAACCUGGUGGUGGAGGUGGUGAACCCAGCCCUGGAGUGGGGGCUCCUGAGGAUCGGAGGGGGAGAGGAUUGCGAGCCAGGACCUGGGGGCCCCCCCUUGCUGUGCCGGGCCUGCAGGUGGCCUCGGUCCAGGCAGCUGCCCUCUCGGGGGCCGGGCUGUCCCAGUCUCCCUGACGCGGUGACAGUAUUUGUCCCCUCCUUCCUCUUCCAGGAAAAGAGCCUGGGUCCUGCCCGGAGGACUCCUGGAACCUCUCGGCCCCCAGGGGCCAGCAAGUGGGGCCGGACCCCCCCACAGCGGGGCGGCCAGGCAGGCCCGGGCCGGGUCCCCCGCAGCUGGGAGGACAGCCCUGGGGAGCAGCCUCGAGGAGGAGCCGGGGCCCGGGGCCGGAGGGGCCGGGGCAGGGGGGGCUCUAAUCUCUCCGGAGCGGGAGAUGCUUCGACUACCGACCGCAAAUCCAAGGAGUGGGAGGAACGGCGCAGGCAGAACAUUGAAAAGAUGAACGAGGAGAUGGAGAAGAUCGCGGAGUAUGAGCGGAACCAGAGGGAGGGGUUGCUGGAGCCGAACCCAGUGCGGAACUUCCUGGACGACCCCCGGCGACGUGGCGGGCCCCUGGAGGAGCCAGAGCGGGACCGCCGGGAGGGCAGCCGCCGGCACGGGCGCAACUGGGGGGGCCCCGACUUUGAGCGGGUGCGCUGUGGCCUGGAGCACGAGCGGCAGGGCCGCCGGGCAGCCCUGGGAGGUGCCGGGGACAUGACGCUCUCCAUGACGGGCCGGGAGCGGUCAGAGUACCUACGCUGGAAGCAAGAGAGGGAGAAGAUCGACCAAGAGCGGCUGCAGAGACACCGGAAACCCACUGGCCAGUGGCGGCGGGAGUGGGAUGCUGAGAAGACCGAUGGGAUGUUCAAGGAUGGCCCCACCACUGCCCUUGAACCAUCCCAUCGCUACGAUGACCAGGCCUGGGCCCGGCCCCCCAAACCCCCCACUUUCGGGGAGUUCCUGUCCAAGCACAAAGCUGAAGUCAGCAGCCGCAGGAGGAGAAAGAGUAGCCAGCCCCAGGCCAAGGCAGCCCCCCGUGCCUACAGUGACCACGAUGACCGUUGGGAGACGAAGGAGGCAGUGGUCGUGGCCCCAGAACCCUCCCAGCCGUCUCCCCCCAAGGAGGAGCACACACAGCCGCCUGCAGCCCCUGCUCCUGCCCACCGGCCUCCUGAGGACGAGGGGGAGGAGGAUGACGGGGAGGAGGAUGAGGGGGAGGAGGACGAGGGGGAUGAGGAGUGGGAGGACAUGAGCGAUGAUGAGGAAGAUGAGAUGGAGGAGGAAGAGGAGGGUGAUGAGGAGGAGGAACCUGCCAAAGACCAGCAACCCCCAGAGGCCGACCCCACCAGGAAGCCCCCCAGUGAGCAGGCCAGCGGGGUGCCUUCCAGGCCUGAGGAGCCCCAGGCCCCGGCCUUGCCUUCCAGCCCCUUCUCGCCACCUGGGGGCCACCAGCCCGUGUCCGACUGGGGUGAAGAGAUGGAGCUGAAUUCUCCCCGGACCGCCCACCCGGCCGGCGUCCUCUCUCCGGGAGGUGACCAGCUGGCCCCUGCCUCUCUGGAGAGUGGGCCCAGCCUCCCAGGAAGGCGGACAGAAGAGGAGGAGGGGUCUGAGGCCGCUGCAGAGGCGGGACCCGAGGACCAGGAGACGGCGGAGAUCACUGGCUUCCAGAGGGUGCGUUUCUGCAAAGUGGUGGCAGCCGCCCCGGCCCCGGGGGCCACCGGCUGAUCGCGCCUGUAGGACCCCGGCCUCGGCGCUCCGCACUAACCUCCCGCCGCCUCGCUCCUCUGUCCUCUGCUUCUGCCACACUCCAGCCAGGAAAGGGUUAAAUGUAAGGGGGGAGGAGCUAGGGACGGCGAACGGGGUGGGGCCAUGGCGAGUGGCUAAAUUUGGUGAGGGUUGGAUCCAGUCCCACCGACGGGGGAAACUUUGGCGCCAGGGUGGACUGAGACGGCCCCGAGCCACCCACCUGUGGGGGCCGUGGCGGGGUGGGGGUGCUGAGUGCCAGUCCUUGGGCCGAAUUUCCCGCCUCCAGGGGCUUACAGCUGGGGCAUGGCACAUCGCCGGUGUCUAUUCCGAGGGACUCGAACUAUUCGUCCUCUGGCCCGUCUCUAUUAAACGCAGUGCUUCCGCUAACCUUUGAACUGUGUUUGUGGCG